UGCUGUCCCAGACACUUCGGGUGUCACAACAAAUACGGGCCGAACAUACAAGCAUGAUCACGUAUUGGUUGUAAAAAAAAUAUGCACUUUCCUUUCUUCGAUGGAACUGUUCAAGAUGUCUUAGUGGGAAUCCUCAUUGUGAAGAUGUUUGGAAGUGGUACUAAGAAGUGGUUUAUCAAGAAGAAUAAAAGACAGAGCACUAAAGGAAGGAAACCUGUCAACAGGAAGAGAAAGAAAUGGGUGGCUAAGGUCCUGAAGCAGCACAGGGAGAUGAUCCUGAAGGAACUGGAUGUCAACAAGGUGCUGCCGUACCUGGUGUAUGACAAAGUGUUUUCUCUCGGGGAAUACAAAGAGAUACUGGGUCAAGACUCCAGCAAGAAGCAAGCCGAGCUCUUCCUGGAUCAGCUGUCGCCGAAGGGCCCGUGUGCGUUCAACGCCUUCUGCUCCGUGCUGGAGGACGUGUGUCCUCACCUCCUCACCUGCUUCCUGUUGGAUUGUGAAGAUGGCUCAGCUGGAGGAAACAAGAAGCAAGGACAAACUAAACCAGCGCACAGUCAAGAGAACGCGCUGUCCAAGGGACAAGACGCGGUUUGUUUUCUACCUAUGUACACAGACCCACUUUUUGACACGAGGGUCUUCCCCAAACACGACAAAGACGAGUACGGGCCUGCAGUUUACUAUCCCAAGAUCCACGGUUUCAUUGGCACACCAGAAAACAUCUCUCUGCUGGAAGAAUCUGAGGGAUCGGUGCACGGCAAACCACCCCUGCGCAGAAUCAAGGGCCGAAUCCACCGCAGCAAGAGCCUGGACGGCAUCGACCUGCUGGACUCCAACACUGUCUGAAUGCCUCAUAGAUGCUUCAUGGGCUCAUACUUAAUGCAACACCUUACUGAAUCUGAUUUCUGCACUGGGAUACCCCGGAGUGGCUUUCCGUUUGCAU